UGCUGUAACGCUAAGAGGUUAGAUAUAGGAGGAAGACCUCUGUUUUGAAACAAUUAAUAAAAAUAAAUAAAUAAAUAAAACAAGUGAAUAAACAUCUUUUAUCUAAAUUAAACAAAAUAUUCAUUGUUUACUAACAAUGAGGAAAAAUCCAAAUAUUUUAGUGACAGGAACACCAGGUGUUGGAAAAAGUAAAUUAUCCGAAAAAUUAGCAACAAGAACUGAAUUAGAAUGGAUUGAUGUUAGUUCUUUAGCGAAAAAAUAUAAUUGUCUAGAAGAAUUUGAUGAACAAUAUCAAUGUCAAAUUUUGAACGAGGAUAAGUUACUCGAUUUAAUGGAGGGUUUAAUGGAAAAGGGAGGAAAAAUUGUUGAUUAUCAUGGAGCAGAAUUUUUUCCCGAACGUUGGUUUGAUAUUGUUUUUGUAUUAAGAACAGACAAUACUGUUCUCUAUGAUCGAUUAGUUGCCAGAGGUUAUAGUGGAAAAAAAUUAGAGGACAAUAUAGAUUGUGAAAUAUUUCAAACUAUACUCGAGGAAGCUAAGGAAUCGUAUAAAGAGGAAAUAGUUUAUGAACUCACUAGCAAUACACCAGAACAAAUGGAAAGCAACAUUAAUAGGAUAUGUCAGUGGAUUCAAAAAUGGAAAAUAGAUAACGAAGGAUCGUAAAAGAUAUUUAUAUAUAUAUACAUUUCCAAUUUAUUUUUCCUUGAAUAAUUUCAAAUCCUUGAAAACAUAAAAAUUCACUAUCACAAUUUUUUUUUAAUUACAUACUCAUAUACAUAAAUAUUUGAAUAUUAUAUUCAACUGAGAACUAUUAUUUACAAUAUAUUUAUCUACUUUUUAUUCUACAA